UGCGCCAUUAGAAUGUAAUGCUGUCGUUGUGUUGUUACUAUGUUAAAACUGUUUGGUGGUUUAAAGAAUAAAUUAUUAAACAAAAGUGCAAUGUAUAACAUUAAAUAAUUAAAUAUUAUAGAUUGUAAUAUCUUUUUUAAAGUUUGAUAAUUAAAAUAUUACAAGGAUGGAGAAAUUCUUACAAAAUAUAGGCGUAGGGUUAAGAUCUAUUGAUGAUCCAUUUUUCGACGAUUCAUACAGAAUUUGCAAAAUUUUUCAACGUAAAGGUGUUACUGUUGAAGAUGAUGAAGAACUAUGUCAUGAUGUUAUAAAAGAAUUCUCUUGUUACAUUACUGGUUGUAAAGCAACAUUCAAUAAAUUAAUUGAUUUUGAGAUGCACUACAAUAGCAAUCAUCGAUAUGUUUGUGCAGAAUGUAACAAAUGUCUACCAAAUCCUAGAUUCUUAGAUAUUCAUAUUCAAGAAACCCAUGAUAGCUUUUUCCAUGUUUUAUCAGUGAAACAGCCAAUGUAUCAAUGUUAUGUUUCUGAGUGUGAUUUAAAAUUUAAUACAUCAUUUGAAAGAAGAGAUCAUUGUGUUAGCGUACACAAAUAUCCAAAGAAUUUUAGAUUUGAUAAUACUCCACAUUGCGUAAGAGAUAAAUCAAAAGAUAAAAUGGAUAUUGAUGAACCAGAGCCAAAGCAGAAGGAAUCCAAGUCAAGAAAAAUACAGUUAAAUAAAAAUCAAAAAGCUAAAAUGUUUAUAGCUACAGCAAAAACUACAAUUUCGACAAAUGUUAUCCGUGAAAGUCAAUUAAAGCCUUCAAAUAAUAAUGUAGGAGCUACUUCGUUACUUUUUAUCCCUAGGCAAGUACAUAAAUCAUAUACAAAAGUACUUACUAAAAAUCAAUCUGAUGAAAAAGAUGUGCUUGAAACAGGAUGUAUGAUGGACUUGGCUAAUACAUUACCAAAUACGUAGUUGAAAAUAAUGUAUAAUUUUGGUUUAAUGUCUUUUUUUAUCAUAAAUAUAAUUUAAAUAUCACAACAA